AUUCGAUCUGGUCCGCAUUUUUGCCUUGGGAGUAAUAGUGUGAUCAAGGCCUUGCUGCAUGAUCAAAAACAGAUUGCUUGGAAAGGCAGCCCAAAUAAUAUAGGUACGGUACAAGCGACGACAAUGGCUCCAGCUAGCAGCCUUCAUGACCGAGAUUAUUCUCAUCAGAUGGAAGGAGGAAUCUCUGGUGGUGUAAGUGCCGAAAGUGCCGUUGGCAGCAUUGGCUGUCACUCUCCCGUGGGAAACUCGACGGGCGCUUUUGAGGACCGACCAAGAGCCCAACCAUCCCCUCGAGACGAAGACAAUCCAACUGUAUCAGCCUGCCAUGGGAUAUUACCCAGUUGGUCUCGUUCCGUGACCACAGCCGUGGCUGUCACCACGUUUGUGCUCUUAGCUAAUAUCCUCCUCCUCAGCGCUACCAGAACGACCACCCUGAACAACACAUCAUCCGUCCUCGAGAAAUCCCACAAACGAUACCUCAAGGCCCAAGAGGGUCGGAGGUUGUUUCCCUCCAAUGGAAAUGGAUAUUGGCAACUGAAUUUGGCAGUUGGCCGGGUUGAAAAACUGAUACCCAUUCGUCGGCCCAAAAAGGACAAGACGGAACAACAACCAGCAACCAACGGCAAGAGGAAGAAAGAUCCACUUCUACUAGAAACCACGGGCAAUAACAACAACAACAAUAAACAGUCUUCCGGCCGUUGCAAUAUCCAUACCACUUGUCGCAGUUGUGUCAACAGCGCUGGCACCAGCUGUGUCUUUGUGGCGGGGGAAUGCUUCUCGGAUUGUUCCCAGGGAGACGACACUGGCGCUUCUUGCUACUAUGCCGCAUUGGAUCCUGAUGAAGGAAAUGGCAAUGUCGUUUGUGACCGCUACGAUGCCGACAAUGCGGCUUGUACCAGCCAGAACAACUGUCCCGACUGUAUCCACAAGCUCAAAAGCGACAAGACUCCCUGUCAGUGGUAUCCAGAGGCAUUUGGUGGCGUGGGCGCCUGUUUUGGAGGAGGCACGGGGCCUUUUGGAACCGGACAGAUCACUUGUGGUGACAACAGCGAGGACAAUCCUACUAGUACAGAAGCACCCAGUCAGACACUACCCAUGGAGGAUACUACCGGUACUUCCAAUUGCACGGUAGCCACGGAAAUCCUUCGAGAUGAAUUGUGUGGGCUCUUUUGUGACUGUUCCGAAACCUGUCCUGCCACGGACAACAACAUUGUGUUGAUCCCGACAGCCACUGCCAUGGAGGCUCUACUCUCUUUCGACUUGGAAAUUGCCACGGAAAAUGGAGCGUGUCAAGUCGUCGAAUAUCUGGGAGAUGACCAAACUACAUCGCCGGAUUCGCUACCAAUCGCCACCACCACCAAGCAAAUGUCAAUGUCGUCGCAAGUGGGAGUUGUCAUUGCCAAUUUUGAAAUGACAUGUGAGGCAGACUACGAGUGGACCUAUUCCUUUUUCAAUGGUGCUGGAACCAUGGCGUGGAUCGUCCGGGAUGGGUUUGUAACGACAACGUGGCAACAACAACUGGAGAAUGAAUUGGAGCCGUCACUGAGCAUUUCGCAAUGCGAUGCGUCGGUCACGGUCUCCGAUUUGGAGUUGUCGGGCUCGGUGGCGGAUUCUAUUCUGAACACGUUCGAACGUUUAGUGAGCGACAUGAUGGAGAAUCUAGUCAGCGAAGCACUCUGCACAGAAAUCGCAAGCAUCGCCGGCAACAUCGAUUCGUUGCCGUGCGAUCACAAUGCCACGGAAGAAGCGCUAGAGAGUCCGAUGCUUGACGAGGCAUUUGGAAACAACACCUACAAUUCAUCUAUCGACAACCAGCAUUGAUUCAAAAAGAUUUGAACGUCUAAACAAGCAAAAGUAUAUCGUAUCCGUGUGGCAUGUUGGCUCCUUGAUCAGCCAACCAGUACCCGAGAGGAGGAGGGUUCCGCCACGAUGUUGCCGUCGUUCAAGCUGUCUGCCCAGCAUUGUUGUUGUACAAGCAGUCGAUCUCCCUCGCUACUUCUACUAAGAGGACGUUGUGGCGUCGUGACGGGUGCGGGUUGAUUCACUUUUUCCUUGAGCAACGCGAAAAGUAUAGCCUCUGAUCUGUCGUAUCAGGACCAACUCUAAUUCCGAUGGAGACGGAUCCCCACGAAAACUUAAAGACAGACCAACCCAAGGAGGCCAGCGAAAGGAAAAGGGAGCCAAAGGUCAAUGACUAGUGAUGCAGAUCUAGAUUGCCGAGGGAAAAAUUGUAGAAGCAGCAACACACGGGAACCGUCGAGGACCAUCAAUGUUCUAAAGGGUAAGGGGAAGGAAGGCAUUGGCAAUUUUACCGCUUCUGGACCUUCCCAAAUCAAGGUUGCUGCAUUUCUGACUUGACACGUUCAAUCCAUUCCAAGCACUCCUUGGUGUCACAAUGAUCUGCUCCCAAUGCUGGCUCCCGAAUGGCACGGCAUGCCCGAAAUCUCAACAAGGCUCCAGAAGAGUCACCCAUCUUAUAUAAAACAACACCAAUAUUGUUGUAGGUAAAAGACACAUCAGGAUGGUUCUUGCCCAAUGCUGACAACCUAAUGGCCAGAGAUUCCUCAUAUUUUGCCAAAGCACCUUCAUAGUCACUUAUCUCAUACAAAACAGAGCCAAUGUUAUUGUGGGUGGUUGCCACAUCAGGAUGAUUCCUGCCCAAUACAGACAACUCAAUAGCAAGACAUUCCUUGUACUUUGCCAAAGCUCCUUCAUAAUUACCCAUCUCAUCCAAAACAAAACCAAUAUUGUUGUAGGUACUUGCCACAUAAGGAUGAUUCUUGCCCAAUGCUGACAAUUGAAUGGCAAGAGCUUCCUUCUGCUUUGCCAGAGCACCUUCAUGGUCACCCAUCUCAGCCAAAAUAAGACCGAUAUUGUUGUGGGUGGUUGCCACAUUCUCAUGUUCCUCGCCCAAUACUAACUUUUUUAUGGCAAGACUUUGGUUGUAUUUGGCCAAAGCACCUUCUUUGUCACCCAUAUCAUCGAGUACAAACCCAAUGUUGUUGUAGGCAGAGGCGACAUCAGAAUGAUUCUCGCCAAACACUGACAAUAUAAGGGCAAGCGCUUCCUCGUACUUCGACAAGGCACCUUCAUAGUUACCCAUAUCAUGCAAUACCUCUCCAAUGUUGCUAUAAGUUUCUGCUGUUUUUUCAUGGUUCUUGCCCAACACAGCCUCACAAAUUGUCAGAGCAGUUUGGUGGAGUUUCAUGGCUGCACUGUGUUCCCCCUUUGUCCUUAAGAUAACCCCAAUUUGGUUGCAAAAAUUCACAUAGCCCACAUUAUUUGUGUUUUCCCUGGUUUCCACCAGCUGAGUCAGGACGCCUUGCAUCCAACCACGCAACAAGUCAUUGACUAGAUUGUUGAGCACAG